AUGCAAGAUGCGCGGCUUCAUGCCGAAAAUAAGAGAAAAAUUGUUGGCUUAUACACCAUGUCGACCAUGGUUAAUUACGAAGGAGCUGUUGAAAAGAUGAACGUUGUGCUAAUGCGCAAGUUCCAUGAAUUCGCCCAGACGAAAAGGCUCAUUCAGCUCCCGGUUUUCUUACAAUAUUACGCCUUUGAUGUCAUUGGCUAUAUCACAAUGGAUAGGAAUUUCAACAUGAUGGAGACAGAAAGGGAUCGCACCGGGUUCCUACAGAAAAUCAAAGUGGCCACAGAACAUCAGAUGACCUUUGGUCCCUUUCCUUUCUUACAUGUUGUACUUACCAGGAUUGCCGCGUUGUUAAAACUGAAAGAUCCCCAUGACGAGUUGUUCCGGUUCAUCGCAGAAUCGGUUCAACGGUUUCGCCAGGUCGGUUCUGAACCCAAUGAGAAUCCAAAGUCCGAACCGUUCCUCGCCAAACUUAUGGAUCUAGAGCUGAAAGGGAAAGUUGAUCAAGGAUCUAUUUUCAGUUCCUGUGGUUCGAACGUCAUCGCGGGGUCUGAUACUACAGCCAUCACUCUAAGUGCUGUUUUCUACUAUGUAUACCAAAACCCGAUGAUCCUCAGGAAGCUCCGAGAUGAGAUUGAUUUACACGAACGGGCAGGACUGUUGUCAAGUCCGGCUAUGUUCAAAGAAGCACAGCAGAUGCCAUAUCUACAAGGAAUAAUUGAGGAAACGCUUAGGAUGCAUCCAGCCGUGGCCCAAAUGCUACCACGAGAGGUUCCGGAAAACGGUGUCCUCCUGAAUGGAUAUAAUUUUCCAGCAAAGACACAAGUCGGCAUCAGUGCAUGGGCACUGCACUAUAACCCAGACCUGGUUGAUUCCCCAAGAGAAUUCCGUCCUGAAAGAUGGCUCGAGGGUGAUGGAAACAAACCGCUAAAUCCGGCCUUGAAUUUUGCGUUCGGCGGUGGCUCGCGUGUCUGCCUCGGCAAGAAUAUCAGUCUGCUUGAGAUGGCCAAAGUCAUCCCUGAGGUGGUGCGGUAUUUCGAUAUUCGCUUCGAAAAGCCUGGUCAGCCGUGGGAACUUGACGUAGGCUGGUUCACCUGGUCAUCGUAUAAGUGCUGGAUUGAAGAGAGGAAAACUGCGGAGGACUAA